AUGACGUCACUGCGCCCCAUUCAGGCGCUCGCGGAGCCGCCGCGGAAUUGGCUGCCGGCAGGUGCGGUGGGCGCUAGAGGCCGACCUCAUUGCCGGCAGGCGUCCUCUUUGCGGUCCGGGGUCUUGCGCCUGGGGGCUGAGGCCCGGCCUCGCCCACCUCCCACAGCCAGCCAGGCUUGGGCGUGGCACGCGAGUUCUGCGGGGCCCACCUGCGCCUCCGCACCUUCUGCUGCCGCCUUCCCGGGGAGCGGGACGGGGGCGCGGUUGGGAGGAGAGUUGUCCUCGGCUCGGGUGGGCCGGGCGGCGUAG